GCCUCCGAUGUUGAGCUUCUCGCGACCACAGCCCCUGGCGGCCACAAGGACAUGACGGCUUCCCAGGAUCUCCCGCAAGCUGCAUCUCUGAGGGAAGACUCCUCAGCUGAAGCCGAGAAUGGCCUCGCCGCGGCUAAAGUUUCCUGGGAGAACGACACGGUCACAGCAGUUGCUGCGAAGAACGGAGGUGGCAGCAAGGGCAGCCCAAACAGAACAGCAGACAGAGAGACGCCUGAAGCCUUCAGCGAUCUUACCGCUGAGCUUCAG